AUGUGGCCACGUUCUCAGCGAAGACGCGGGUACGCGGGGCUUGAGAGCGCCGCGGAGCUGCGGCCGCUCGGGCUGAAACCCGUCAACGGGGUGGAAACGUGCAAGUCGCCUGGGAACGUCAAACCAAGGAGGAGACGCACCAUUGAUGACAAUGAAGGCUGGGGUGCGAGACUCGCACACACCCAUGUUUUGUUCUUGACAACUCUCUCUCCUCCACUCGACUUUACCAUGCCGAUGCUUCUUGAAGGUUCCUGUCAUUGCCGUGCUAUCAAGUACACUGUUGAGUCGAACACGCCCGUCCCUUACCAGCUCUGUCAAUGCAGCAUUUGCCGCAAGACGGGCGGAUACACCGGCAGCGUCAACAUUAUGGGUAACAACCCCACGCUCAAGGUUAUCCGCGGCAAGGACAAGAUGAAGGAGUACACCCCGGCCAUGGCCUUUGACAAGAACGACCACCCGACCAGGAAGACCACCUCCAUUCGCACGUUCUGCGGGGACUGCAGUGCUAUGCUCUGGAACUGGCACCCCGAAUGGCCUGACUGGAUCUAUCCCUUGGCCUCGUCCAUCGACAGCGACCUCCCGACCUUUCCCAAGGGUGUCGACGGUAUUGCCAUCAAGCGCGACUCGUGUCCUGCGUAUGUCCCUAUUCCAGCUGGGUUCAAGUCGUAUGAGGGCUAUGGACCCGGUGCGGGUAUUGAGACCAAGUAG